CGUAGUGAACCCCGCACGUAUAACACAGGAAGCAUCACCAUCAGUCACCCAUAGAGUAAUCCUUUACACGCUGUAAAUCAUUUGUUACACUGUUCAGGCUGUCCUGCAUGAGCUGACUGACGCCCCUUAUCCCUAGCUCCUGAUUGGACCGUGACGCUGGAGGUAGUUGUGCAGAAUGACUCGAGUGAGAAGUUAUUUGGAAGACACUUGUAUCUGGGCUGCAGAAAAAGUAAUAGGCACAUAACAUGGAAAACUGGAAAUUAAAACUUUACAAAACAAAGUGGGUGUGGCAAGAGAAACCCAGGAGCAAUGACAGAGUGAGCCAAGGUACCCAGCGGAGGCUCACAGACAGAAGGAGACAGUCGGGAACCUGCAGGAGAGAAAGCAGAGAUUUCUGAUAAUUAAAUGAACUCGGAGAGAGGUGACUUUGGUAACCUGCCCUUGCAGAUGAGAUAACAGGUCCGGUGCUGCCUCAGAGAUGGAGUCCAUGACAGUUGCUGGAUGUGAAGAUGUUUUCCAGUUUCGUAUUGCUGAUAUCAUUGCUAAGAAGCGUGAUGGCUUGGCGCUGUCAUCAGAGGAGAUUAGACAUGUGGUGAAAGCAACAAUGAGACGCCAAAUUCAAGACAGCCAACUGGGUGCACUGCUUAUGGCCAUCCGUCUUCGUGGAAUGAACCCCGAGGAGACCAUGACGUUGACCAAAGAAAUGGUGGCCUCGGGCUGUGUGCUCACAUGGCCAGAGGAAUGGAGUGGUUGGUUGGUGGACAAACAUUCUACAGGAGGAGUGGGAGAUAAAGUCAGCCUGCCUCUGGCACCAGCACUCGCUGCCUGUGGUUGCAAGGUUCCAAUGAUCAGUGGACGAGGACUGGGCCAUACUGGGGGAACGCUGGAUAAGUUAGAGUCAGUUCCAGGAUUCAGCUCACAGCAGAGCCCUGAGCAGAUGCUGGAAAUCCUUCGUUCUGUUGGUUGCUGUAUUGUUGGACAGUCUGCAGACCUAGUACCAGCUGAUAAGAUAUUUUACGAGAUGCGUGAUGUGACAGGAACGGUGGACAGUCUGCCACUGAUUACAGCUUCAGUGAUGAGUAAGAAGGUGGCUGAGAGCCUUUCUGCGCUGAUCCUUGAUGUAAAGUUCGGUGAGGCAGCUCAAAGUCCAACAAUAGUAGAAGCAAAGCGCCUGGCACAAAGUCUUGUCAGUGUUGGAGUUUCCCUUGGAAUUCCAACCAUCGCUAUUAUCACCAAUAUGGAUAGUCCCAUUGGCCGUCGCGUGGGAAACAGCCUGGAAGUAAUAGAAGCCCUAGAAUGCUUGGAGGGUGCAGGGCUUGAUGACCUCAGAGAACUUGUUACACGUACAGGUGGCUAUCUACUCUGGCUAUGUGGUCAGGCUGUCUCCGAAACACAAGGAGCCGAGAAAAUCGCAAAAGUGUUGGAUGAUGGGUCUGCUCUGCAAUGUUUCCGAAAGAUGAUGGAGGCUCAGGGGGUACAGUCUGAAGUAGCCAGGUCUCUGAGCUCCAGCAGUACAGGUUUCAGAAAAGCAUCUCACUUAGAAGAACUGAUGGUGCAGAGAACAGGCACCGUGGAGUUGAUUAAGGCCAGACCAAUUGCCGAAAUCCUGAAUGCACUUGGAGCUGGGAGAAGCAAAGCAACAGAUGUCAUUAACCACAGCAUUGGAGCAGAACUUCUUGUGAGAGUAGGGCAGCAUGUAGAGAGAGGAAGACCAUGGAUCAGGAUUCAUUAUGACAAUCCUCCUCUUCAGGACAACCACAGGCAGACACUACAGAAUGCUCUUUGUAUCACAGAUCGUCCUGUUUUUACACCUCUAUCUCUUAUCAGGGAUGUCAUCCAUUCCCAAGGCAGUAAAGAAGAGUUUGGUGCCACUGUCCGUAGUGAGCGGGAGAUUAUCUGAGAACCUAUUUUUCAUAUUUUAUCCGAUGUAAAGAGUUUUGUAACAAACCCAAAUGAAAAUUAAGUGUAAAAUGAAUAUGUCAUUUUUAAAAGUAAUACGUAUAGUAGUAAGACAAUACAGAAUAUUUAACAAAUAAUUAAAAUUGCUUGCAACUGCCCAUUAUCAUUAUUUUGCAAUUUGC